UCCCUCUCAGCCAUCAGGAAGCAGUCGCGCUUCUCUGAGCGAGUUUCUCAACAACUUUUAAUCAUGACGACAUUGUCCGUUUUAUAAAAUCAAGUCGAAGAACAACAGGCGACUCAACCAUGACACAGAACCACGUGACAGGGAUGGAGAACGCCGCCGUGUCCGUCCUGAAACGGGCGGUGGAGCUGGACCACAGCGGCCGCCUCCCGGAGUCCCUGGUCUGCUACCAGGAGGGAAUCCAGCUGCUGAUCGACGUGUUGAAAGCAGCUGUGAAGGAUGAUUCCAAGAGAGGACACUACAGAGAGAAGACACAAGGCUACAUGGCCCGAGCCGAGCAGAUCAAAGCUCUGGUCAGCCAGAUGAAAGAAGACGGGAAGUACCAUGAGCAGAAUAAAAUACUGGAGGAUGCUACAGGUCAUAGCUACGAGGUUCUGUUCAAGCCGUACAUCAGCAGUUCACUGACGGAGGUCUGGGUGGAGGACCCAUACAUAAGACACACCCACCAGCUCUACAACUUUGUUCGGUUCUGCGAGAUGCUGCUCAAAGCGCCGUGCAAGGUGAAGAGGAUCCAUCUCCUCACCUCACAGGAUGAACAGGACAGCAGCCAACAGACAAGAGCUUUGGCUGAGCUCAAAGAGAGUCUCAGCACUCACGGGAUGGAUCUGGAUGUGCAGUACUCCUCCACCAUCCACGACAGGGAGAUCAGGUUUGACAAUGGUUGGAUCAUAAAGAUAGGAAGAGGAUUGGAUUACUUCAAGAGACCUAAGGGCCGCUUCUCUAUUGGAUAUUGUGACUAUGACCUCAGACAGUGCCAUGAGACCACUGUCGACAUUUUUCACACCCAACACACUAAAACACUAUGAUAUUCCUCAAGCUGGACUUACUGUUAUUCUAUCUCAAGGGACUUCAUCCACUUUCCUGCCUUUAAUGCACACACAUACUCAUCUGCUCUACUGCUGGAUUUUUGCCUUCAUGUAAACUAUAGUGAUCAGGAUCAUCUUACAUUGCGCAUCUCGGCGCUGAUACGUAUUAACUAUCGAUCAACUAUGUGAUGGAGUAUUUUAUAUAUCUUCUCUGGAUUCGUCUUCAUCACUUUUGAGGCGUCUUUUUGAGGGUGUCAUACCGCCACCUGGUGGAAAUGUUUCUAAAUAGUUUUUUUUUUAAUUUAUUAAAAGUGCUUGUAUGACAUCGUAACGUCUCUGUGUUUUUCAAAAUCUUUGAACUUUUCCUGAGACUUACAUAUUCAGUUAUUUUAAAGUACAUGUGACGAUAAAAUAAGUCCUGCAGAAGUAGUAACUUAGCUAGUAUAGUCUCACGUUUCUACUUCUAAUUGGUUAUUUUAGUAGUUAGUAGAUAUUGAGUUUGUACUUAUUUUUGUGUGAGAAACGAUUAUUUCCACUUUAAUUAAAAAAUAAUUUCAACUAAUCCUCUUCAUACUUUGUGCCCUUACCUGACUGUCCAAGCUAAAUGCCUAACCCUAACCAAACCCCAACUCAAACCUAAUUCUAACCCUAAAACCAAGUCUUAACUAUUAAACAGUCCAUUGAAAAGUGAAUGCUGGUCAAAAUGUCCUCACUUUCCAAAAAUGUCUUCACUCUGUAAGUCUAUGAUUAAAUAGUCUUCACAAAGAUGUAAGUACAGGAACACACACACAU